UAUAAAAUGGCACCUCAAAAUGUUGUUGAAACAUGCAAUUUGCUAAGUUCAUCCUUUUGAAUACGCAAGAUGGCCAAGUCCCAUGUAGUUGCAGUUUCCAAGUUACUACUUUUUGGGAUCCUAAUGGCUACCUUUACCACAACAGGUGCCCAAAUUGGUGUUUGUUAUGGAACUGUAGCAAACAAUCUACCAGAACCACGACAAGUAAUAUCACUUUACAACCAACAUAACAUCAAAAGGAUGCGGCUAUAUGGUCCUAACCAUGACGCUCUUGAAGCUCUUAGAGGCUCCAACAUCGAGCUCAUGCUUGGGGUCGAACACGAACGCCUUCAGGACAUAUCUUCCAACCAAGCCAGUGCUGAUGAUUGGGUCCAAAACAAUGUUGUAACCUAUGGAGAUGUCAAUUUCAAAUACAUUGCAGUUGGGAAUGAAAUAGAAUCAGGUCCAUUUGCACAAUUUGUUGGCCCUGCCAUGGAAAAAAUUCAAAAUGCAAUUUCUAAGGCCGGUCUUGCAAACAAAAUUAAAGUCUCCACAGCGGUUCAUCCUAUAGUCCUCCAAGAAUCCUUCCCUCCAUCAAAAGGAUCAUUCAAGCAGGAUUAUCGAGCCUUUCUUGAUCCUGUCAUUGGUUUCCUUGUGGGAAACCAAUCUCCGUUGCUUGUUAAUAUGUACCCAUACUUUAGUUACAUUGACAACCGAGAGAUUAACCUUCAAUAUGCUCUUUUCACAUCUCCAUCAGUUCAGGUUCAAGAUGGACAACUUGGCUACCAAAACUUGUUUGAUGCACUUCUGGAUGCACAUUACUCCGCUUUAGAGAAGGCCGGAGGCGGUUCUUUGAAAAUUGUUGUAUCAGAGACAGGUUGGCCUUCCGCUGGUGGUGAUGGCGAAGUGACAACAAUAGAGAAUGCGAGAAUCUACAACUCACAUGUGAUUAAUCAUGUCAAGGGUGGUACUCCGAAGAAACCUGAAGGUCCUAUAGAAACUUACAUAUUUGCCAUGUUCAAUGAGAAUGAGAAAACUGGAGCAGAGACUGAGAAGAAUUUCGGGCUCUUUUUACCAACCGGAGAUCCUGCUUAUCCUAUCAAUUUCAACUAAGAUUUUUCUAGGAUUAUAGGGGCAUUUCUUUUAUGCACGGACUAGUAAAGGUAAAUAAAAGCUAGGUUGUAACCGUAAACCUAGCAAGAGCCAAAAUACGUGUAUGAUAAUCAAGAAAUGAAUGCCAAUAAGCGUGUAGGCAUAAUUAAUAAAAGACUUGCUGAAGUUAAUU